AUGGAUGAAUCUAAAAGCGAUUUUGAAAGCGAUGCUAGAAGUAGUGAGGAUGAAUCAGACAUUAUCAAGCAAAAAGAAAAUUUAUUACCUGAAUAUUUAGAGCAAAUGGAAAUAUAUUUGAAAGACUUUAAAAUCAAAAACUUCGACUACUCACAAUUCAGCAACCUUAGCACUAUUGGAAACGGAGCAACAGCGACUAUAUAUUCUGUCACUUUAGGAAAUGAUAAAUAUACAUUAAAAUAUAUUAACAAUAACCUGUGUUUUAAUGAUAAAACCUUCAAAAAAUUCACUCGUGAGCUUGGAUUACUUAGUAAUAUUGAUCAUGUUAAUAUUGUUAAAUUUUUUGGAAUAUCAAAAGAUAAUAUUUUAAUUGAACUUGAGAAAUUAUCUACAGAUUCAUCGGUUAAAUACAUUAUAAAUAACAUUAUUAAUCCAGAUGUAAAUUCAGAUGCUGAAGAACUUUCUGAAUGCAGUCAACAAAUUAUCUCUGAAGAAAUGGAAAAUUAUAAAAGCAUUUCCGAUGAUUUGAGUCUAAUCAAUAGUAAAUUUAUUGUUCAACAAACUAUGAAACAUGAAUCAGAAGUUUUAGAUUCUUGUUUAAAUAGUGAUUAUAGUCAGGGAUCUGCUAUGCAGGCAGAAAAAUUAAUGAAAAUAAAUCAUACGUAUGAUUUAAAUAUUGAAUUGGAAGAACAAACAGCUAGCAUUUUAGCUUUAUCGAAUAAAAUUGAAGUCGUUUCAGAAAAAUCGCCUCUUGAGAUAAUUCUGUUAAACUCUAAAGAUUUAAACAAUUUAGGAAAAAGAAUUUCUGUUAAUUUUAAGGCUCUAACUGAUGUGAGUCCAAACUCGAAUGAAGUUGGAAAAAGAAGUUCUAGUUUUUUUAGGAAUCUCACUGAUGUGAGUCCAAACUCUAGUGUUUUUGAGGAUCUCACAAACUCGAAUGAAAAUGUAAAGAGAAUUCCUGAUGAUUUUAAAGUUCUCACCAAUGAGAGUUCAAACGCGAAUAAAAUAAUAUAUACUCCUGAAAAUGGUCAAGUUCUUGAAGUAAAUCUAAUCUCAGAAUAUAAAAUAAUUUCAAAUGUUAAAUCUCAGGAACUUUAUGUAUGGCAACUCUCUGGAUCGAUGGCUGGAAGUAAGAUCGAAAGCAUUAAAAAAAGUUUAAAUUUUAUCGUUGGUGAGCUUUCCUCAAAAGAUCAGUUAUGUUUGAUUACUUUUAAUACUUUUGCGAAAUGUAUAACACCAUUAUUAUUUGUAAAUGACGAAAAUAAGAGAAUAUUUCAUAAAUCUAUUAAAGAAUUAAUGGGAACUGGCAGUACGGAUAUUAAAAGUGGCCUUGAACUUGGCUUGGAUACCUUAAUACAAAGCAAAAUUGUAAACUUUUCGUCAGAAAUGAUUUUGCUUUCUGAUGGCAUGGAUAACGUUGAAAAAACAGGUGGACUUUUUACAUAUAUUUAUAAAUUUGAGCAGAUUAAAGAAUGUUUCGCAGGUUGUAUUGGUGGACUUCUGAGCAUUUUAUACAGUGAUUUGAAAUUAAAUUUACAAAUAUCUAAGACUAUUUCAAAUGUUAAAAUAUUUGAAAUACUUUGUAAAUAUGAACAUAGUAUAAGUGAUGAUAUGCUAAGUGCUCAGAUCAAAAUUCAUAAUUUAUAUACUGGAGAGAAAAAAGAUUUAUUAUUCAAGGUUAAAAUUAUAAGUACUGAUAAAGGCAAUAAACGUUUAAAAAAGGUGUAUUUUAAAAUAUCUAGGGAGGAUAAAGAUAGCGGUAAAGAAGAAAAAAAUAUAAAUUCAAGUGAACUUAUUAUAAUUGAAGCUGAUGUUAAUUACUUUGACGUUUGCAAAGGACUUCGAGUAAAUUGUCGUGAAUCACCAGCAACAUUAAAAGUAAUUUACACUUCACAAAUUAAUCCAUCAGGCAAUUCCACCAACCUACAAUUAAUUAAACAAAAUUAUCAAUAUCUUACUACAAAAGUUAUCUCCCAAGCAACAUAUUUUGCUGAACAAAGUGAUUAUUAUAAUGCUAAAAUGGUUAUUAAUAAUUUAAUAGAAGAAAUCAAGAUCCAUUACAAUGAAUCACCAGAAUUUUAUGGAGCAUUAAUAGAAGAUUUACAUACUAUAGCAAAACAAUUUGAUAAUUCAAAAACUUUUAAUGAAGGUGGAAGAGCUAGUGCGUUCUCAAUUAGUUUGAUACAUUCAAAUCAACGUUCUUUUACAAAAAGAACUAGUACUGAGUCUUCUUACCAAAGUAGAUCUAGUUACAGAUAUUCAUCAAAAGCUUUAUCCAGAGUUUCAGAAUAUUCUAAUUAG